CUUCAACCACUCUUGCUAAUGAACACUUCAUCACGAGGGGACAGGUGAUCCUGCGUGUCCUCCAUCUCAGAAUUAACCAAUAGACGACUUGAACAAACGGGAAGUUUAAUUCCUGUGUGACACCAGAUAGUAUAAAUAGCGAGGUUCGCGGUCUUUCACUUGUCUUUGGGAUGUCUUUUGCACCUCGGAGGAUGAAGACUAUCACAUUCGCAGUGUUUUUGAUCGCCAUUAUCUUGACAGAACAAACUCUGGCACAGGGGUGGCGGAGCAGACUUCAGAGAGGAUGGGACUCUGUCAGAAAUAGGGUUCGCUCCGGAUACGACUUUGCCAGACAGGCCACCCAAGGGACCAGAGACAUGUACAGGGCUUAUAGUGACAUGAGGGAGGCCAACUGGAGGAAUUCGGACCAGUACUUCCAUGCACGUGGUAAUUACGACGCCGCCAGACGAGGGCCUGGAGGUAGUUGGGCAGCUAGAGUCAUUAGUAAUGCCAGGGAAAGUUACCAGAGUGGAUUAAGUGGUCAGGGAGCGGAAGACACCGCCAGGGACCAGAGGGCCAACCGGUGGGGGCGAAAUGGUAAUGACCCUAACCGAUUCCGACCAGAUGGACUGCCAGACAGAUACUAAUCAUCACACCUAGUGAAGUGUUUCGCAUGUAGAUUGCGGUAUUCAUCGUAAUAAUAUUUUUGUCAUUCUCUACAGUAACAAGAUUGUCGAUAUAUGCAUUCAUAGAUUUAUAGAUAAGAGUUGUAAUAAAUGUAAAACGUAUUGCAUUUGCCUCACAUGAAUUCUAGAUACUUUAAUAAAUGUGAAAACUAG